AUGAGCGACUCUAAUAAGGAUAACGAGCAUGACAUUGAGAAUAUUCUUAAUCAAUUUUCGGAGCAAGACAUAAUUAGAAAUUUAUUGUUUGAAAGUCUUAAAAGAGAGAAGGAAUUGAAGAGAUUGUUGAAUGAGCAAUUGAUUAUUAAUGAUAAGUUGAAAAUCGAACUGGAAAUAGAGAAAAGGAAGACUUCCAUUAAAGUUGAGUCAUCAUCAGAUGAAUCAGAAAAGUCUUAUGAAAACCGUCAAAAAAUAGAGGAAGCACAUCCAAGCGAAGAAGAUCUAAAAGACACAUUCGGUACAAAUAGUGGACUGCUGAUGCAAUACAAAUAUGACGACCUUCGAGAAUCAUACACGAGAUGUGUCAAGAAGCUCAAUAAAAAGAACAAGCAAUUAAAGAAAAUUCUCCAAGACGCUGAAUACCAAAGAUUCUUGAACAUUCAAUUGAAAUCUGAUAAUGAGAAUCUUCACGAGAAAAUCAAGAAAAUAUGUCAUCGAUAUUUCAUGCUAAUGGAUAGAAGAUGCGAGGAGGUUCGCAAUUUAAAAUUGUAUACCUUAAUUGCAAAAUAUUGAAUUUGAUAUGCUCAUUUUUUCAGAAAAAUAUGUUAGAGAAUCAAAUUGAAGAGCUUCAGAUGCAUCUGAAGAAUUGUGAGGAUUCAAAUGCGAAAUUCUAUAGCAAAAGUUCAAAUUUAUUAAAAUAUUAGUAUAUACUUUCUCCUGCUCCUUCUACUGCCACCUUGGUUUAAAUCCAACAUGAACUCCAGUCGAAGACUUCAAAGUCAUUUGCGUCAUUAUCUUAAGUUCUACAUCACUCUUAGUUAAUUCAAAAUUCCUCAAAAUAUUGCACAUUGUGCUUUUAAGUUCCAACAUAGCAAACUUCUGACCAAUACAGUUUCUCUGACCAGCACUAAAUGGAACAUAAACAAAAGCAUUCUCGUUUUUCAAAACUUUAUCAAGGAAUCGUUCAGGCUUGAAUUCUUCUGGAUCAUCAAAAUAUAAUGGAUCUCGGUUUGCAUGAUAGAUUGACAAGUUGACAUUAACAGUGGCUGGAAUGAUUUUCCCAUCGAAAUCUAAAUCUUCAUCCAUACUUCUCCCAAUCAUUGGAACUGGUGGAUACAACCUUAAUGAUUCUUUAAUGCAGCAUUCAAGGUACUUCAUAUCAAGUAACUGAUUAUAAGUGGGAUAAACAUCUAAAUCGUCUCCAACAAUUUUAUUUACUUCCUCAUAGACUUUCUGCUGAGCUUCUGGAUGUUGUGACAAAAGAUAAAGUGUAAAUGUUGUUGCUGCUGUGACUGUGUCAUGUCCUUCAAACAUAAAAGUAUCAACUUCUUCAGCAAUCUCUGCAUUUGUUAAAGGUUGGCCAUUUACAGUUGAUUUCAACAAGACAUCCAGCAAAGCUAAUCUUUUCUUCAUCCCAACAGAUUCAUCAUCCAGAUCUGGAAUUUCUAUAUCUUCAUUUACAAUCAUCUCGCGACGUUUUUCAAUAAUAUUUCUAGUAAAUCUAUGAAGCACUUCAAGAUACUUAUCAUAAAGUACCUUAUCUUUUGAGAGAUUGAAGAUAACAUCAGGUCGUUUCCAGAACUGCAUCAUUCUAUUUGUGAUAACUGCUCGCACAAAAUCAAUUUGAGGACAAGAACUUGCUAAAAUAAUCGGUUCAUGUAGUGGCUCUUGAUGCUGAUUACGAUUAAAAUGUUGAAAUUGUGGAUGAUUUCGAUGUGAAUGACCGAAAUGAUUUCGAUUAUUCUGAUUGUGUCGUUUGCCAUAAAAUCGUCUAUGCUGUGCCAUAGAUUCAUGGAUUAAGAGUAUCAAACUAAUCAACUGGAAAUUUGUAGAAUACAUUAUUGUAUGUUAAAUUAAUUUAAAGAAGUUCCUUUACUUUAUAAAGUUCCAUUUUACGGGAUGUAAUUUAUUUUUAAAAAAAGAAUAGCUUUGCUUUCCAAAAAGUUCUCAACUGUGAUUGCUUAUAAUGUAUAUUGAUGACUGAAUACUCGCUUCAAUUGUAUAUAUUUAAGAAAAAAAUUAAGAGAAUAAGCAACAAAAGUGCUGCCUUAGAAAAAGAGAAAAACUUGAAUAAUUUUAAAGUGUCUGAAUGCUUUUAACUUAAAAUAAUUAACUCAGUUCAUCUUCCAAUACAUGCUUAGUGCUUCCAAUCAGCCCAGUGUGAUUCACUGUCAAAUUGACGAUUGUGGAUGAAUUUCUCAAGUCUUUCGCCUCGUUCAAUCAACUCAUUAAUCAUAAAAUCAACUUGACGAGCAUGUUCUUUAAAGUCCUUGAUGUGGUUUUCAAUGAAUACCUUUUCAACCUUGGAUUUCGCUUUUGUGUCCAAAUAACUCUCUAGCUGAGAGAAUAGAUUCUUAAAAUGACCUCCAACUAUGUCCAAAUGUGUUGAAAUUUCGAAUGACGUUGAUAUGUUUUGUUCAUUGCUUUCGUCUAAUGAUGUUGAGGCUGGCGUAUAUACAUCAUCAUCAUGGCUAUUGUUAUUUUCUUCCUCAAUGCGACUGAAUUGUUGUAAGCUUUCUGGAGAAAGCAGCGCAGAAACUUGCAAGGAAAUACAUGAUUCGGUGUUUCGUCUAAUUAGCUUCUCGUUACUUGGUUUUCUUAUUAAAGGAAUUCCAUUUGGCCAACGAGUCUGAACUUUUGGUGCUAUAUUUGAAUAUUGCUGU